GUCUCUUUCUCCUUCCGCCUUCCCCGCCGGAAUCGCUUUCCGCCGUUGUGGUUGGGUGUUUUCGGCUGUUGAGCGAGUCCGGUGCCCGUUUCCCCUCCCUCACCCCUUCCCCGACUUUCCCGUCGGGGGCGGCGGCCAUGGCGAGCUGUUGGAACAGGUAUCGGCUGCGCUGCACCCUCCCGGGCCACGACCUCGACGUGCGGGGCGUGGUGUGUGGCCUCUACCCGCCGGGGACCUUCGUGUCCGUGUCCCGGGACCGCACCGCCCGCCUCUGGGCCCCGGACAGUCCUAACAGGGGAUUUACCGAGAUACACCUUAUGAGCGGCCACUCCAAUUUUGUAUCUUGCGUGUGCAUCAUACCUGCAAGUGACAUAUAUCCUCGUGGACUUGUUGCCACUGGAGGAAAUGACCACAAUAUUUGUGUCUUCACACUGGACAGGUCCUCACCCCUUUAUGUACUGAAAGGUCACAAAAAUACUGUUUGCAGCCUUUCCUCUGGGAAAUUUGGAACGUUACUUAGUGGCUCUUGGGACACUACAGCCAAGGUCUGGUUGAACGACAAAUGCAUGAUGACCUUACAGGGUCACACGGCUGCGGUGUGGGCAGUGAAGAUAUUACCUGAACAAGGUUUAAUGUUGACUGGAUCAGCAGACAAGACCAUUAAACUCUGGAAGGCUGGAAGAUGUGAGAGGACAUUCUCGGGUCAUGAAGAUUGUGUGAGAGGUUUAGCAAUUCUAAAUGAAACUGAAUUCCUUUCCUGUGCUAAUGAUGCCAGUAUCCGAAAGUGGCACAUCAAUGGCGAGUGCCUUGAAGUGUACUAUGGACAUACGAAUUAUAUUUACAGCAUAUCUGUCUUUCCAAAUUGUGAAGAUUUUGUUUCGACUGCAGAAGACAGGUCUUUGAGAAUCUGGAAACAAGGGGAAUGUGCCCAAACAAUCCGACUUCCAUGUCAGUCUAUUUGGUGCUGCUGUGUGCUAGAUAAUGGUGACAUCGUGGUUGGUGCAAGCGAUGGCAUCAUCAGAGUGUUUACAGCUUCCUUGGACCGAACAGCAAGUGUCGCGGAGCUCCAGGCUUUUGACAGUGAGCUUUCUCAGGCAACCAUUGACCCGAAAACUGGUGAUUUGGGAGAUAUCGAUGCCGAACAACUUCCCGGAAAAGAACAUUUGAGUGAGCCUGGUACUAGAGAGGGACAGACGCGUCUGAUCAAAGAAGGGGGUCAAAUUGAAGCCUAUCAGUGGAGUGUUGGUGAAGGACGAUGGCUGAAGAUUGGUGAUGUUGUUGGCUCAUCUGGAGGCAGUCAGCAACCAUCUGGAAAAGUUUUCUUUGAAGGCAAAGAAUUUGACUAUGUCUUCUCGAUUGAUGUUAAUGAAAGUGGACCUUCCUAUAAGCUGCCAUAUAAUGCCUGUGAUGACCCCUGGUUAACUGCGUACAACUUCUUACAGAAGAAUGAUCUGAAUCCCAUGUUUUUGGAUCAAGUGGCCAAAUUCAUUAUCGAUAAUACAAAAGGACAAACUUUGGGACUUGCAAACAGUACGGUUUCUGAUCCAUUUACAGGUGCUGGCCGCUAUGUCCCUGGUAUGACAGCAGGGAAUGGAACUUCUUCAGUGGGAGUUGAUCCGUUUACAGGAAAUGCUUCCUACAGAUCAGCUACAUUUAAGACUGUAAAUAUUUAUUUUCCUAAGAAGGAGGCUGUUACUUUUGACCAAGCCAAUCCAGCACAGAUAUUGGGUAAACUGAAGGAACUUAAUAGAACUGCCGCAGCAGAACACAGGUUGACGGAAAAUGACUUGAUAAUUCUUGAAAAGAUGCUGCUUCUCUCUUGUGCUAGCUCUGCAGAAAAACCCACUCCUCAGCAAAUUCAAAUUUUGUGGAAGGCUAUUAACUGGCCAGAAGAUAUCGUAUUUCCAGCGCUGGACAUUCUUCGGUUGUCAAUCAAAAAUCCCAGCGUAAAUGAGAGUUUCUGCAGUGAAAAGGAAGGUGAACAGUUCAGCAUUCAUCUCCUCAAAUUUCUAAACCCUAAAGGAAAGCCUGCAAACCAGUUGCUUGCACUCCGGACUCUUUGCAAUUGUUUUAUCAACCAGGCAGGCCAGAGGCUGUUGAUGUCACGGAGGGAGUCAAUAGUAUCACAAGCGAUAGAGCUAAAAUCAGGCAGUAGUAAGAACAUUCAUAUUGCCCUCGCAACGCUGACGCUGAACUACUCUGUCUUUUUAUAUAAAACCUAUAACAUCGAAGGCAAAGCUCAGUGUUUAUCAGGAAUCAGCACACUCAUGGAAGUUGUAAAUGACCUUGAAGCCACUUUUAGACUUCUCGUGGCUCUUGGGACUCUCAUCAGUGAUGAUCUGAAUGCUGUGGAAUUAGCCAGGUCCUUAGGGGUAGAUUCUCAAAUAAAAAGAUAUGCCUCAGUAUCAGAACCAGCUAAAGUGAGUGAAUGUUGUAGGCUUGUCCUUAAGUUGCUGUGAGCUGUUGUUUAUACCACACGAGAGUCUAAGGUUAUGCCUUGAGUAGUGCUUUUUUCCUCCAUAUUUUACCUGACUAAAUAGAGUUGACAAAAUAAUACUGUGGAAGAAAUAUCAACUCGAUAAGCUUGUUGAAUAGGGACAAAAAAUAAAAUGUUUUUGCACUGAU